AUGUCUCGCUUCUUCCAAGGCAGCGACAGCGAAAGCUCUUCCGACGAGGAGGAGUUCUCCCUCGACGAGGAGGCCGAGGAGGAAUCUUCCGAAGAGUCUUCGUCAGAAGAGGAAGAGGGAGAUGAGGAGUCAAGCAGCGAAGAAGAGGGUGGCAAGACUGGCGCCAGCCGAUUCUUGCGUGAAGCAUCAGAUGAGGAGUCCGAGAGCGACGAGGACAAGGUCACCGUGGUCAAAUCAGCCAAGGACAAGCGGUUUGAUGAACUCGAAGGCACCGUCAGACUGAUUGAGAACGGGGAGAAGAUUGGCGACUGGAACGCUAUCAACGACCAGUACGACAAGAUGAACCGCCAAGUACCAAUCCUGAUGCGCGACCUGGAUGGCAAGCCGCCGAAGAUGUAUAUCAAGACUAUCGCGGGGCUGGAGACGACGGUCAUGGAGGCGUUCGAGAAGCAAAAGGUCACGCCAAAGAAGAUGAACCCGAUUGCACAGAAGGGUUUGAAUGCUCUGCGACAGAAGAUCCGGAAGAACAACCGCGACUACACUACCGAGAUUGAGACUUUCAGGAAAGACCCUGAUGAGUACAUGAAGGAGGAUGUGGUUGAGGAGGUCGCGCCGACCCAGAAGAGGAGCACAAAGAAGCCAUUGAUGUCUGACGAGAACGCAAUGGAUGCGAACGAUGAUGGCUUCACUAUGGUGGGUGCGGGUGGCAAGGCGAUGGUUUACACCCCGGAGAGCAUUCUCAAGCAUCUGCGCUCGAUCGUCGAGUCGAGAGGAAGGAAGAACACGGACAGGCUGGAGCAGAUUCGGGUAAUGGAGAGGCUGCUCGACGUUGCCGUCUCGGAGUACCAGCGUAUUCGAGUUCUCCUGGUGCUGAUCGCGACUCGUUUCGACCUUACCUCUGGUACCGGCUCACAAAUGUCUCAAGAGCAGUGGAAGCUUGCGCAACAAGAAAUCAACCGCCUUUUGGUCAUCCUGGAGGAGAACAGGGAUAUCGUGGUUGUUGAGGCGGCGGAGGAGUGGGAGGAUGACGAGAAGCUCCCAACAAUCACCAAAGGAGAGCUCUUCAAGAUCCCGGGCAGCGUUGUCUCCUUCGUCGAGCGCCUUGACGACGAGCUCACCAGAGUCCUGCAGCACGUCGAUCCCCAUACGGCAGAGUACGUCGAGCGGUUGCAGGAUGAGGGUGUUCUCUACACAAACGUCGUCCGUGCCAUGCUCUACGCCGAGCGUCUCCAAGAAGAUGCACGUCUGGAGCGGCCCAAGGACAGCACUAACCGUGUGGUCAUGCGCCGUCUCGAACACGUCUACUUCAAGCCCGCCACUGUCAUCUCGAAGGUCGAGGACGACACCUGGAAGGCGAUUCCGGACCAGCUGGACUCGAAAAUCACCCCUCGCUCGGAACACAGUGAUGUCGCAUCACUCGUACAAAAGCUGGCUGGGUACCUUUUUGGCCACUCCGAAGGCAUUAUUCGUGCCCGCGCGAUGCUUUGCCAAAUCUACUACCUCGCACUCCACGACAACUACUUUAAGGCUCGUGACAUGAUGCUCAUGUCGCAUCUCCAGGAGACCAUCGGCAGCUUCGACGUCAGCACACAGAUUCUCUACAACCGCACGCUCACACAAGUCGGCCUCUGUGCGUUCCGCGCCGGACUGGUGUAUGAGUGCCAGACUGCUCUGCAGGACAUCUGCGGCAGCCAGCGGCAGAAGGAACUCUUGGCUCAAGGUCUCCAGAUGCAGCGCUACUCACAGAUCACACCCGAGCAGGAGCGCCUGGAGAGGCAACGGCAACUUCCCUUCCACAUGCACAUCAACCUGGAGUUCCUCGAAUGCGUUUACCUCACCUGCAGCAUGCUGCUCGAGAUCCCGACCCUCGCGCAAGCCGGCAGCUCGCCUGACCUCAAGAAGCGCGUCAUCUCGAAAUCAUACCGCCGCAUGCUUGAGUACCAUGAGCGUCAGAUCUUCACCGGUCCACCAGAGAACACUCGCGACCACGUCAUGCAGGCAUCGAAGGCGCUGGCAGCUGGCGAGUGGAAGAAGGCGGCUGAGUUCAUCACCUCCAUCAAGAUCUGGGAUCUCCUGCCGAAGAGCGCCGAGAUCAAGAAGAUGCUCGAAGGUCAGAUCCAAGAAGAAGGCCUGCGGACAUAUCUCUUCACCUAUGCGCCCUUCUACGACACCCUCGGCGUCGAGACGCUGGCCGGCAUGUUCGAUCUCCCGGAGACCAAGGUCACCGCUCUCGUCAGCAAGAUGAUCCACCACGAAGAGCUCGCUGCUGCGCUCGACCAAGUCAACAGCGCCAUCAUCUUCCGCAAGGGUGUGGAGCUCAGCCGGCUGCAGUCGCUCGCGCUCACGCUGUCGGACAAGGCGCAAGGCCUCAUCGAGUCGAACGAGCGGGUGUUGGAGCAGAGGACGCAGGGUACGGCGAAUGCGUUUGAGAGGCAGGGUGCUCAGCGUGGUGGUCGUGGCGGAAGAGGCGGAGGACGUGGUGGUGCAAGAGGUGGUUUUAGGGGGAGAGGUGGCGGGAGCGGCUUCACGGGCGGUGCACUGGGCAAUGCGAUCAGGGCUCAACGUGAGCGGAAGCGGACUAAGUAG